CAGGUGUUUCUGAGCCCCCGCGAAAGAGAGCCGUCGAACGGGAUCUGAACCGGCCGAGAUCCACUUCAUAUCUAGUACGCUGGUCCGGUACUCUUUCCCUAAAACCUUCCAAUCCUCGUCUCGCGUAGACCGCCAGACUCGAGUUCUUCUUCUCUUCUCGUCCACUUCACCUCUCUCUGCCCCUCCUCAUCCUCCUCUUCUUCCUUCUCUUCCUCUUUCUUCUUUUGAGCCUGCGUCUGUCAAGAGCUCCCUGCAGCACACAGCAUGGCCGGCUCACUUCGCAAGCGGCAGUCCUCGCAGCCCGACGCAGCGACCGACUCCGCUACCACUCCUGACCCCGAGCGCCCUCCUUCGUCGUCGACCCGCAAGAGCGUCGCAGACAAGAAUCGCGAGAACUUCAUGCACUCGGAGCAGUUUGGCGCAAUCGAACGGCGACAGGCAAUGCUCUCGUCCCUGCACUCAAAGUUCACAAACCGACUCCUCGACCUCUUCACCGCCCGCGUCGACCGCCAAUACGGCGCCCUGACUGCACCCUCAAGCACCCACAACGACGCCGUCUCCUCGCUCGACUUCUUCCUCGCUCCGUACCGCGAGCACCUUGCCCGCAAAGUGCUCAGAGCAGAGCAACGGCGUGCGCUCGAGCGACGACGGAUCCAGCGUGUAACGGUCGGAGCCAGAGAGGUUAUUCACCGCCAGUUUCUGCGGCAGCGCAGCGAGCUUCAGCAGCGCAUGAUCGCCGAGACGGCGGCCAAGAUCGAGAGGCUUCAGCAUGAGGCUUUGGUGUAUCAUGAAGAGGAAGAUGCCGUGGUUGGCGAGAUGACGAUGAAGCGGAAAGCGGCGGCUGUUGAUACUAUCGCAGACGGUCUGCCGCCCCGCAAGAGAAUCAGAUCUUUGACUGAAGGAGUGGAGAUCUCGAGCCUGACUUCAGAAGAAAUCGAAAGCGAUCUCGAGCUAUUCAGAAAACCGCCGCCGUCCGCUUCCUCUGCACCGGUCCCGAGAUCAACACUGACCCCUAUAUCAGACGAAUCCUCCUCCGACUCCGACGAAGCCUCCGUCGUCAGCGCAAAGCUGGAGACGGACGAGCAUUCGAUGUUUAUGAAUGCGGCGGCGUCGAAAUUGCUGGACGCGAGUAGGCAUCUUGAGCCGCUGAAGGAUGCGAUGUUUGGCCUGUAUUCUGCGGCGAUCGAAGUUGACGGCGGCGCAGAGCAGCAGGUCGCAGCAGAGAUGAACACAGAGCAGCCGCUGUCUGCUGCUGCUGCUGUGGGCGCGGGCAAGUUCCAGGAUGACAAGUCGUCGCUACAUGUGUAUCCGUCGCCGGACUCGCAGACCGACUCGCAGAAUCAACGAGUGCAGAAGGCACUGCAGCGACAAACUAGUCCACCGCGACUGGCGACUCAGCAGCUAUUUACGCCGGCGUCGGUCCCACAACUUGAACCAGCGCCGCUGCCGCCUCCUGUUCAGCAGACGUACUAUGCUCCUCCUCCUGUACAGCAAGACGUGCGGCAGCAGUACAUCCCAGAUGCCUACCCGGCUCAACCGGGAUCCAGCCCUUUCCCACCUCAACACCAAGCCCCUUAUGACGGCGUCCAGAGAAUGAUGCCGUUGCCUCACGAGCCGCCAGUCGUGGGACAUAACCCCGUUCCACAGCAGCACAUGCCGCCGCAAGAUCGCCAACCCCCGAUGCUGAUGCAUGCAGAGCAAUAUCCUCCUCCUCCUCAGCUUCAACAGCAGCAGCAGCAGCAAGCGCAGGCUUAUCAGCCGGCGUCACAGUACAUGUACGCUACUCCGCAGCCGAAUUCAUAUGCACGACCGCCUGCGAUGUACUAUGCGGACGGGCAGUAUUACCCGUCGUAUCCCGAGCAUCAGCGACAAUACAGCGGCCCUGCACAACAAGCUCCACCUCCACCACCACCUCAACAGCAGCAAUUACCACCACCACCGCAGCAGCAGCAGCAGUAUGGCGCAGAGUAUUACCCGCCUGCGCCGGUACAGUCGUUCCAGUACCCGCAGCCUCCUCCACCGCCUCCGCCGCCAGGCCAGGCAUAUUACCAACUGCCCGCUCAAGAGCAGUACCACAAUCCUCCUCCGCAGAUACAGGCUGGGACUCCGGUGAUGCAGCAGCCUUUGCCGUAUGCUCCUGCUCCUACUCCUGCUCCUGCUCAGCAGCCUGGUGUUUAUUACGCCAACGCUCCUCCUCCGCCACAGCAGCAGCAGCCACCACAGUAUCAUGCGCCUGCGGAUUAUUCAAAUCAAUACCAACCUGCGUAUGAUCCGCGCCAACAGCAGCAACAGCAGCAACAACAACAACAACAACAACAACCACAGUCUAUCUACCAACAACAAUAUCAACAACCUCUCCCGCAGUACACGCACCAAGUGCCGAUUUCAAACAUGUACCACGCGCCUCCCCCUCCGCCGCCGCUAAACGACCAGAGACCAGCCCAAAACCCGAUGAUCUACCCUCCUCCUCCUCCUCCUCCUCCGCAGCAGCAGCAGCAACACAAGGAGACAAGCCCGGGUUAUAUGUCCAACAGUAUGACGAGGACGUUGAAGCGGAGACGGAAUCCGUUGCUUAAGGAGCUUGUGGGGAGGACGUAGUUAUGCAUUAUGUAUUGUUUGUGUUUUCGUUUGUGUUUGGGUGGUGAUAUCAGGGACGGAUGAAGAGUGUACGAGAUUUUAA